AUGGAAAGAAACACAGUUUCAGCUAGAAAGAGACAGAAAGCACUAGCUUGUCGACGGUGUCGAUCACGGAAGCAAAAGGUAAGUGUACCCGAUUACAGCCUUGAAUCGCAGAAAAAACCAACCAAAGCCAGUGUACAGGAAGCAGGCCAUGUGAUAAUUGCACAGCAGCGAAUCACGAAUGCAUCUCAAGUGAUCCUAUACACCCGGGCUCUUGAAGAAAGAAUUGUAGACCUCGAGUCUCAAAUUCCACACAAGAGGCCAGCGAAUAUAUCUGUCAGCCGGAAAACAACUACGCAGGAAUCUCCGCAUCAAAGAAGCACUGAAACGGACCAUGUCUCUCAGGUUUCACUUGCGCCAAGGCCACCAUACCCUCGCAGUAUAGAUCAGGCCAGGGCCUCAUCAGAUUCUGUUUCGCUGCGAUCUUUGGCCCCCUGCCCAUCAUUAGCCUUACCAUCCCCCUAUGCAGUGGAGGGCUUGCCAGAUCCUCGUGGCCAAUGUGGGCAUUCCAGCCUAUUGAUUGGCAUACUAGCUACUCUGACAAGCACCGAUUCCUCUGGACUUUCGCAGACACAGCCUGAAAGUUCAAAUGCCCACACUUUCUCGCAGCUCACAGAUCAGGUAUUGCAGGCAGAUCGUGUCCCGCGGCUUUCAACCGAGACAUCUGAUCGCUUAGUUCAAAUAUAUCUGGAACGAGUUAAUCCACGAUAUCCCUUUCUUCACCUCACUACUUUUCUCGGUUGGUAUGAAUCGUGGAAGGCUCAUUCGCAGAUGGAUAGGGCUAGGGAUCAGCAGUCUCUAUGGAAGGACUAUUUUGUAACCAUGGUGCAUGCUGUUGCCUUACUUCUAACACCUCGAGUCUCGGUCGAUGACAUUGCUACUUCCCAAUCUUUGUAUAACACUGCCAUGCAAUAUCUUGCCCACGUUUUUGCGCAACCGGAUCCUGUUCUACAUGCUCAGGCAUAUCUCCUUCUGACUCUGCAUGCACUCCAUUCUCCAUCAUCACAUAUGAUUGUCACCAUUGUCUCUGCAAUGAUGAGAUACUGUGUCAUGGCCCAGCUUCAUCUAGCUGAGAGUGAGCCGGUGGCGCCAAACCCCGCGUUUUCCUUGGGGAUCCAAACCCGCCGUCGAGUGUUUUGGUCUGCUUAUGCUUUGGAUCGAUUUAUCAGUUGGAUUUACCACAUCCCUAACAAUAUCAUUGAUGAGCAUAUUAGCGUGGAGCUUUUUUCAAACGUCGGAGACGCAGAUCUUCACCAUGACGGAUCAGGGGAUAAUCCUAUUCAAAUAGAAACACCAUCACAGAAAACACAUGUCUCACCAGCACUUCACUUAUUCCGAUGCAGACGUAUACAAUCCCGGAUCAUCAGCACCAUGAUGCGGUCUGAUUUCAAAGAAAUAGAUGCCUCAACGACGUGGAGAGAGCACAUGUUGGGCGAAUUGGACUCUUGGAGGUCUCAAUUACGCCUAUUGAGCGAUGUUGCCUCCAAAAGCUACACGAGCGAUCGAUGGGUUGGCAUGGCUUACAACUACACGAUCCUCCUAUUACACCAGCCAACCAAAGAUAACGUCUGUAAUGGCUUUGGGGAUCGAUCGGUUCCAGCUUGCGUUCAGAUUGCUAUGACAUUUAGGACUUUCCAAAAAGACCGACAGACAGCACAACUAUGGCCUGGGCUCUUGAGCCAAGUUGCUGUAGGUAUAACCCUUCUAUAUUGCUUCUGGGCGACCCCACCUCAACAUCAAACCAUCGCCUACCGAUCACGAGAAAUCCCAGAAGCAUUACGCGCCUGCUCAACCGCGCUGGCUAUUCUCGCUGAGCGAUGGGUUCAAGCUGAGCCUUUGCGCGAUGUCUUCGAUGUUCUAGCUAAAGAAAUCCCACUCUAUGGAACGGCGGAGGAAGACCCGCCACCGAGGCGCAUAUCUGCGGAGUCUGCUUCCUAUAUCCAAUCCCUGAUGCCGUUGCUCACGUCGAUCAUCAUGCAUCGGGGUGUUUUGCGCAUGAUACGCGAGAUGAUCACGGAGGAUUUCCCUAGGAGUUUAAGUGAGGCAUUCCACGGCCAACUGCCCGGAUCGCAUGAUCAAACUAUGCUUGGGAGCUUGAGUAGUCACAUGUGUUCCGAAGAGUGUCCGUUUUUCCGCGAACCAACGCAUCCUGGAUCGGUGGGUGACAGGGAUGCCCAGGCUUUUUCUUCGCUUGAGAACGCGAUUGGCAGUGCAUAUGGGAUUGACGACGAGACGCUCAUGUUUCCACUCCUCUUUGGCUCCGCAGAAUUUUGA